AUGGCUCCGCAGAGGGACGCGCUGCUGGCGUCAUGGCUUGAAAUCGGCUUCGGCGGCAUUCUCGCCGCGGGCGGCUACGGCGUGCUCAGCCGCAAGUACGGCCUUUUGUCAGACUCGUUAAUAUCAGCCACCGUGGUGGACGCCAAGGGCCGCCUGCUGGAAGCCAGCGAGAAGCUGAACCCAGACCUGCUGUUUGCGCUGAAGGGCGGCGGGGGCGGGACGUACGGCAUUGUAGUCGAGGCGACUGUUAGACUUCUGGAGAUCCCCGUGGUCACCCUGGCGCGGAUCAAGUAUGCAAACCUCGAAAAAGCGGUGCAGCUGUUCGACAGGUACCAGCGGUGGGCGCCGGACGCCCCCGCAGAGCUGACCUUCAAGUUCAAUUUGAAGCCCGACAAAAUUGACAUCACCAUGCAGUACCUCGGGCCAAAGAAGGACCUGGAUCGCCUGCUGAAAGACAAGUCGGGUCUCAUCCUGCCAGGCUCGAUCUACGAGGCAACACAAUGCGACAUCCAGGGCUCCCGCGGCUGGACGCCCGAGGCGUCAAUCGUGCCGGCUGGGCCCAAAGGGGGCUGGAAGACGGUCAGCCACCUGCUGGUGCCGCCCUACUGCUCGCCGCCCGAGGAGACGCGCGUGCCGCAGCGGGUGCGGCCCGGCGGGCUGCUGGCGUUCAUGUCUGAGGCGGCGCAGUACCGCUCUGCGCUCUUCAAAACCCCGAUCACGAUCUCGGGCGUGGAGGCUUUGAAGGAGGCGUUCUCAGCACCCACCACCCGCGCAUGGCGCCAGAUGCUCUGCCGCGCCUUGGGGCCCGGCAUAACAAAGGUGCCGCCCGCCGCAUCAGCAUUCGGGCACCGGGAAGCGCGGCUGAUGUGCGAGUGGGGGGUGUCGUUUGGUAUGCGGAAGACGGCGGCGCAGCAGCCGGCGGCAGUGACGGCGCCGAUAUGGGCGUGGUUUGAGCGGACAAGAGGGGUGGUGGCGGCUCUGAGCGAGGCUGGCGCAGAGUACAACGGAUGGAUCAACAGGUUCGACCGGGUCGAGAACUAUUUCGGCACGAACUACCCGAGGCUGCAGCAGAUCAAGAAAAAGUACGACCCCGAUAACGUCUUCUUCAACAGCCUGUCGGUAAAACCAGCAAGGCGGUGA